AAAAUUCAUGGACAAACGGAAAGAUGAUCAAAGCAAGGAUCAAGGACAAACUGAUUUAGAGGACGUCGACGUCGCCCAAGGACCUGAAUCCGUAAACGACGACCGAGCCUGCCACUCCGAAACAAAAGAGCCACAUACGAAUGACACUCAUGUGGUGUAUUUGCCAGAUGUUAAUGUGGAAUCCACUGAAACAGAGGCACAGUUUUCAGGUUCGUGCCUUACUCUAAAGGAUCUGCCCCAGGACAAUCGUGUUGAUAUUGUAACUGAAACUGAACCUGAACCUGAACCUGAACCUGAACAGUCCCCUGUCGAAAUAAGGGAUGCUGCGGUGGAGAACUACCAGCCACCAGAUGGCGAGUCGGUCCAAAUACGGCAUGUGGCUGAAGUGAAUGGCGAACCGGGAAUGGAUGUUGUGGUCUACAUACCGGGAAAGGGUCCGGGUGCUCAAGACUCUUCCAGGCACGUCACUUUCAACAUUGACGACGUUCCCGGCACCAGUCACGAACUCGAAACCAAGACGGACAAGUCCUCUGCCGAAGCGAUCUCGAACACGCGACUGCACAACAUCCUGGAGAUGCUAUACCGCUUCGGAAACAACACGGACUCCAAGGCCCUGCAGGAGCCGAACAAGAAGCGGCGGCGUCGUCCGUCGAGAAGUCCUGCGCGGCCGACGGUGAUCCUGCAGAUGCCGCAACUGAGCCAUUUGGGCACCCAGACCACCGAGCUGAUUCCGCACCACCACCACGGGCGACUGAGACUGGAUGUGACCACCGUGCAGGGCGAGAACGCGCCACCGUGCGAACGCAUCCACCACACGAUCAUCAUCAGUGGCAACAACAUGCCCCCGAAUCCGCCCCUGGUGCGGCAAACGUUGUGGGCGCGAAUCAAGCGGACGAUCGGGGACUUUGCCGCCGCCUUCUGCCUCUGCCUACAGGUGAACAAGGACUGUGUCUUCUGCCUGGGGUUCUUUGUGGCGUUUGUGAUCAGUGCCAGUUUCCUCACCGCCUUCUUCUAUCGCACCCUCAACUUCACAACGUCGCCGGUGCGCAUCGUUUCGGUGGAGCCAUCUAUGGCGGGAACCGUGCACUACGAGCUGGCCACUUUGCGGUUCAAUGGCGGAUACUACUACAUAUACAACAACAACCAGCGUAAAUUUGUUUGAUGUUUCGGCUGUGAGCCAUGUCCUCCAUGUCCUGACUCACAAAUUCAAAGUCUCUCGAAAAAUAAAAAAAAAAUUUUCAUAAAUUUAUAUUAAUUUUUUAAACACUAAUAAUCCUAAAAUAAAUAUAAUAAUUUUGUUACUAUAUCCGGUACUCAUAGAGUACAAUGAAAGGAUAGUCUCUGAA